AUGGAUACCGUACGCAACCCUUUAUCGGAUAAAACAAGUGAAUCAUUGUUUGAUAGCGAGGGCUAUCAAGGUGUUGAUUUUCGUCAAAAAGGACAUCUCAUGGAACCUUGUCUCUCGGAGCUGAUUGAGAAUUUUGGUGUUGACGUGAGUCAUCAGGAAAUUGCACGUAUCCUCGACGAGCUAGAGCAAACGUGUGAGGAUGUUAACUUUGCUGCAGGGGAGCAUGCCUGGAUCCCAGUGGAG